AUGAUCGACUUUACAUUGACGGACAAGCAGAAGGCUCUUCGCGAUGAAGCUGCUGCUCUCGCAAAAGAGAUUCUCGGACCGGCUCGUGAAACCUACGAGAAAUUCCACGACCAAGAGUCGCGCUUUCGAUCGACUUUGCCUAUUUACCAAAAGCUGGUGAAGGCUGGUGCUGUAAAGGCGCAAGUCCCUGUCGUACUCGGCGGCAGCAAUGAGUCUUUUAUCGACAGUGCUAUCACUCUCGAGGAGAUGUAUGCAGUGGACUCGAGUGUGAUGGUGCAUGUCAUCGGUACGGGCCUUGGACUACUGCCACUCAUCUUUGGAGGCACCCCUGAACAACACGAGAAAUAUCUGAAGCCUUUUAUCACCUGCGAAGGCGAGCCUCUAGCCAGUCUGACCCACUCCGAGCCGGGCGGCACAGCGAAUUGGCUAGAAAAAGGGGGUAAAGGACUCGGAACCACUGCACGGCUCGAGGGUGAUUAUUACAUUGUGAAUGGAGAGAAGCUGUGGACUACGAAUAGCGCCGGAUGGGACGGCAAAGGUGCAACGCUUUCUUGUCUAUGCUGUAGAUACUCGGAGGACGGCGGACCCGAAGAUCCUAAUGUUGAUCCAGCAUCGAACACUCUAGUCCUUCUUGUCACACGGGAGAUUGUGGCACAGAACGAGCCAGGCGCAUAUCAAAUGAUAAGCGAGCCGGAACUCAUGGGUCAUAUCGCAGCCUCAGGACCUCUGUCAAGGUACACAAACUUCAAGGUCCCAGCAGCGAAUGUUCUCGCUCCCAGGGGCAAGGGUGCCGCUCUUGUUGAGAAAGCUUUCAGCGUAUCGGCGGCCCUCGUUGGCGCAAUGGCGGUUGGCACUAUGCGUACGGCAUUCGAGGCAGCUCUUAAAUUUGCAAGAGAAGACAGUCGUGGUGGCAGUGUACCCGUCCUGGCAAGACAGAGUCCAGCCGACCUGCUGAUCAAUGCAAAGAUCAAGAUAGACACCUCUCGAAUUCUGGUCUGGAAAGCUCUCAGCGGUCUGGAAAAGGAGGCUGGUGAUGAAAACAGCCGAUAUGAGGCAUGCUUACAGGCAAAGGUGUACUGUAGUGACCAGGCGGUGACGGCAGUAUGGGAAACUAUGCAGCUCGUUGGAGUGUAA